AUGUACCAUCAGCCCCUUCUCGCUUUACUAGCCCUCGCCCUCAGCGGCGGCACCGCGUUCGGUCAGGAAGCGUGCAACGGCUCGCCUGCCCUGUGCAGCCGCCCAUACGGCGACGUGACCUUCGUUGCGUCCCACAACGCGGCCUUUGUCGGCCGCGGGCCCGCGCACAACCAGUUCGAGUACCCGGAGGCCGGGCUCAGCCAGGGGGUCCGGUACUUCACGACGCAGACGCACAUUGAGGACGGCGAGAUCCGGCAGUGCCACUCGGACUGCUUCCUGCUCAACGCCGGCGCCUUCUCCGAGAUCCUGGUCUCGCUCAAGUCCUGGAUGGAGCGGAACCCGCGGGAGGUCGUGACUCUGCUGGUCACGAACGGCGAUGAUGAUAUCCGCGUCGAGGAGUUUGCCGAGGUGUUCGAGUCCACGGGGACCACGGGGAUUGUGUUCACGCCGGGGAAUGGACAGAAGCCCGGUAUGGAUGGCUGGCCGACGCUGGGGGAGAUGAUUAACUCUGGGAAGCGGCUGGUUGUUUUCAUGGACUAUAACGCGGACCCUGCCAAAGUCCCAUACAUCCUCCCACAGUAUGACUACUACGUCGAGACGCCUUUCAGCCCGACGUCAUCCAACUUCUUCAACUGCGACGUCGACCGGCCGAGCUCGGGCGCCUCGGCAGAUAACCGGAUGAUCUUUGCUAACCACAAUCUCAACCUCGAGCUGUUCGCCGGGCUGCUGGUGCCGGACCAGGACAGCGCCGCCGAGACCAAUUCGGUGGCGAAUAUCCGCCAGCAGACGGAGAUUUGUGUCGCGAGUUUCGGCCGAGCGCCGAAUGUCGUCAUGCUCGACUUCGUUAGUGUGGGACAGGCCAUCGAGGCCCAGAAGCAGCUCAACGGGCUGUAA